AGAGGAAGGGGUGGACCUCGCCAUCUAUAUAAAGCAAACCCACUAAGCCAGCAGUCUUGGAGCUGCGAGGUCCAGGCGGGGGCCAGCCUGAGGAUGAAGAAUCUCCUCUUUGCCAUGCUCUUGGCUUGCGGGCUGCUGCCAGCUCGUGGCAGCGUUUUGGAGCUGGAGCAGAUGAUCAAGUCGGCCACAGGGAAAAGUGCCCUGCUUUCCUACAGCUGGUACGGGUGUUUCUGCGGAAUCGGGGGCAGAGGGACCCCGGUGGACUCCACUGACCAGUGCUGCCAUGCCCAUGACUGCUGCUACAGGAAGCUGAGAGAGGGCAAGUGCAGACCCCUGAUAACCCCGUACCACUUCCACGUUACCGAUGGAGACAUCGUCUGCAGUAACGAGCAGAGCUGGUGCAAGAGAGAGACCUGCCUUUGCGACAAAGCGGUGGCUUCAUGCUUCUCAAGCGCUUUGCAUUCCUACAAUAAAUCCUACCACUUCUAUUUCAGGCUGAAAUGCCGAGGAAGUAAGCUCCAGUGCUGA